UUUCACUCGCUUUCUUGUAUCACCGCACCCCAUUUCUUCGCUCCCAACAAAUCUAAUUCAAGUCUUAAUCUUUCAUUUAUUCAUUUGAUUUCACGAUUUUGCCACGUAAGGCCCCCGCUAAAUCCUCAACACCAUUAACCUUUUUUUUUGGGCCUCACCUUUUACGAUUUUCUCCAUUAUUAUUGCUUCACUGUCUGCAGCAAAGAAAUAUCGAAAACAGUAUUUUUUUUUCUCUCAAAUUUCAAUCUUUCAGUAAUUUUCUCUCUUCGGAAAUGGGAUUCGUUUUCGGACUCGUGGUUGGGCUUGUCGUUGGCCUGGCUAUUAUCGUUUUCUUUGUUCGGUCCGAGAACUCUCGAUCCAAGCGUCGAAAUGAGCUCGCAGCGACGGUGGCGGCUUUUGCGAGAAUGACAGUGGAAGAUUCUAGAAAGAUCUUGCCGGCACAAUUCUACCCUUCUUGGGUGGUCUUCUCGCAGCGCCAGAAGUUGACUUGGCUUAAUCAGCACCUUACGAAGAUCUGGCCUUACGUUAAUGAGGCAGCAUCUGAUCUGAUAAAGACUUCGGUGGAGCCGGUGCUUGAACAAUAUAGGCCGAUUAUAUUGGCUUCUUUAAAGUUUUCCAAGUUUACUCUCGGCACUGUUGCACCACAGUUUACUGGAGUAAGUAUUGUUGAAGAUGAAGCUGAUAGUGUUACAAUGGAGAUGGAAAUGCAGUGGGAUGCAAAUUCAAGUAUAAUACUUGACAUCAAGACUUAUCUUGGUGUAUCACUACCUGUGCAGGUGAAAGAUAUUGGAUUCACUGGAGUUUUCAGGUUAAUAUUUAAGCCCCUGGUGAAUGAGUUUCCUUGCUUUGGAGCUGUAUGUUUUUCUCUGAGAAAAAAGAAAAAGUUGGAUUUCACCCUAAAAGUCAUUGGUGGUGACAUAUCAACCAUUCCCGGACUUUCUGAUGCUAUUGAGAGCACAAUUCGGGAUGCCAUUGAAGAUUCUAUCAUGUGGCCUGUCAGAAAAAUUAUUUGCAUUUUACCUGGUGACUAUAGUGAUUUGGAAUUAAAGCCGGUUGGAAUACUAGAGGUGAAGCUUGUACAGGCACGGGACUUAACAAACAAAGAUAUUAUUGGGAAAUCGGAUCCCUAUGCUGUAUUAUAUGUACGGCCUUUACCUGACAAAACAAAAAAAAGUAAAACAAUUAACAAUGAGUUGAAUCCUAUUUGGAAUGAACAUUAUGAAUUUAUUAUUGAGGAUGCAACAACUCAGCACUUGGUGGUAAGAAUCUAUGAUGAUGAGGGGCUUCAGGCGUCUGAGCUCAUUGGAUGUGCUCAAGUACAGAUAAGGGAACUUGAACCUGGUAAAGUGAAGGAUGUCUGGUUGAAUCUAGUUAAAGACUUGGAGAUCCAGAGAGAUACUAAGUACAGGGGCCAGGUGCACUUGGAGCUCUUGUACCGUCCCUUUGGCAUGGAGAAUGGUUUUACAAACUCCUUUUCAUCUAACUUUUCAAUGACCUCCUUGGAGAAGGUUCUUAAAAGUGGAGCAAAUGGAACAGACACUAUUGAAAAUGAAAAAGCAGUCACACAGAAGAAAAAGGAGGUUAUUAUUAGAGGAGUACUGUCUGUAACUGUGAUAUCUGCUGAAGAUUUACCUAUUGUAGAUUUGAUGGGAAAGGCUGAUCCCUAUGUUGUGCUCACGAUGAAGAAAUCAGAGGCAAGAAACAAAACUAGGGUUGUGAAUGACAGCUUGAAUCCAGCUUGGAAUCAAACUUUUGACUUUGUUGUUGAGGAUGGAUUACAUGAUAUGCUAAUCCUUGAAGUAUGGGACCAUGACACUUUUGGGAAGGAUUACAUGGGGAGGUGCAUAUUGACAUUGACUAGGGUUUUACUGGAAGGGGAAUACAAAGAUAGCCUCAAGCUAGAGGGAGCUAAAUCCGGAAAACUGAAUCUGCACCUUAAGUGGAUGCCACAGCCGAUUUUCCGUGAUUCCUAAGUUAUCCAAAGACAGGUUCUGAGUUCUAAUUAGAGAGAGCCAGGUCUGCAAAUUUGAGCUUGCAACUCAAGUCGAUGCCAAACCCAGUUUAUCCCAAUUCCUGGGCUGGCCAUGUUCAAUAUCCUACUUGGUGAACCAUAGGAUGUUCUACCCACCGUGCCAAGACCCUGGGUAUGUAUUUAUAGGAGCUAAUACUUGAAAACUGUGUAUAUAAAUUUUUCUUAGCGAUUCUAGGCUGUGUCAAGUUUGAGUUUUUGGAUGCUUUACCAAUUAGGAGACAUGAGAAAUUGGGAUUUGCCCAAAGCUUUAGCAUGCAGAGCUGGGUACCAUCACUAUACUUAUUUUUUUGCUUGUUUUUCUAAUCAAUGUAACAUUUUCUUUUGAUAUUACCGUUGGUUUGUAUUCUUCAGCAAAAUGUCUUAAAAUCCUCUCAUGUACAACUCAUGGAGUGGCAUAGAUUCAGACAUCAAUAAAGGAGCAAGCUUUUCAUAAUCCCAUUUAUUUUCACUAGAAAUAUGAUCAAAGGUAAAAAAAAAAAAAAAAA